UCGUUUUUCUCUCCUCAUUCGCCUCGCCGACGUAUUUCUCUCUUCCGUCUAGAGUCUAGCUCUCCGAUCAUGUGGGUGACGAAUACCGUAAUUCUACAUCAGCCCAAUUCUCUGACCCGAUUAACCUUUUCUUACCCGACCCGACUCACCCACUCUCGUAAAGUCUCUCCCUUUUCCCGCUUCUUGAGGAAGAAUCGGGUUACGGCACUGUCGACGACGAAGAAACCAGAUGAAGAUCACGAGUUAUCGCCAGAUGAGAAGCUGGAGAAAUUCUCGGCUGAUUUGGGAUGGUUAUCGGCUUUUCCUCAUGUAUCAGUUGCUUCUAUGGCCAAUUUUCUCUUUGGUUAUCACAUUGGAGUGAUGAAUGGGCCCAUCGUGUCUAUUGCGCGUGAACUUGGAUUUGAAGGCAAUUCUAUUCUUGAGGGUCUUGUUGUGAGCAUAUUUAUUGCCGGUGCAUUUAUUGGAAGCAUAGUCUCCGGUCCACUAGUUGACAAGUUUGGCUACCGACGCACCUUUCAGAUUGUCACGAUACCCCUAAUUCUUGGUGCCCUUGUGAGUGCACAAGCUCACUCCUUGGAUGAGAUCUUAUGUGGAAGAUUUCUUGUUGGUCUUGGUAUUGGCGUCAACACGGUUCUUGUUCCUAUUUAUAUAUCCGAGGUUGCUCCGACGAAAUACAGAGGUUCCCUUGGAACUUUAUGUCAAAUUGGCACUUGUCUCGGGAUAAUCUUUUCUCUUCUCUUAGGGAUUCCUGCAGAAGAUGACCCUCAUUGGUGGAGGACAAUGCUCUAUGUAGCGAGUAUGCCUGGUUUUCUUCUUGCACUUGGUAUGCAAUUUGCAGUAGAAAGUCCCCGUUGGCUCUGUAAGGUUGGACAACUGGAUGAUGCCAAGGUAGUGAUCAGAAACAUCUGGGGAGGAUCUGAAAUCGAAAAAGCUGUAGAAGAUUUUCAGUCGGUUAUGAAGAAUAAUGGCUCCAACUUAAAUAGCAGAUGGCUGGAACUCCUUGAUAAACCACAUUCACGAGUUGCAUUCAUUGGGGGCACCCUUUUUGUCCUUCAGCAAUUCGCAGGCAUAAAUGGUGUUCUUUAUUUCUCAUCUAUAACAUUCCAAAAUGUUGGAAUCACGAGUGGUGCUCAAGCAAGUCUAUAUGUUGGAGUCACAAAUUUUGCAGGUGCUCUGUGUGCGUCUUAUUUGAUUGAUAAGCAAGGAAGAAAAAAGCUUCUUAUUGGUAGUUACUUGGGAAUGGCAGUCUCUAUGUUUCUCAUUGUUUAUUCUGUUGGUUUCCCGUUGGAUGAAGAUCUGAGCCAGAGUUUGUCAAUACUUGGAACACUCAUGUAUAUAUUCAGUUUUGCAAUUGGAGCUGGUCCUGUAACUGGUCUCAUCAUCCCUGAGCUAAGUAGCAACAGAACGCGUGGGAAAAUCAUGGGUUUCAGCUUCUCUGUACAUUGGGUCUGCAACUUCUUGGUUGGUUUGUUCUUCCUGGAUCUGGUGGAGAAAUUUGGAGUUGGAACGGUGUAUGCCGGCUUUGGCAGCGUAUCACUGUUGGCAGCGGCGUUCUCAUACCGCUUCAUAGUGGAAACAAAGGGUCGAUCACUAGAAGAGAUUGAAAUGUCUUUGAACUCCAGAGACCUGAGCUAAAAAGGG